UAGAUGACAACUCUAAGCAAAUUAAGUUCCUUAGAAAUGUCAACAAGUAAGAGUACUUCCACAGAGCUUCUUCAUGCUCAAGCUCAAAUUUGGAACUAUAUUUUCAACUUCAUAAGUUCUUCAGCAGUAAGAUGUGCACUUCAACUAGACAUCCCUGAUGUCCUCUACAAGCAUGGUAAGCCCAUGUGUCUUUCCAAUCUCUCUGCUGAACUUUCUAUCGUCAAUUCUUCAAAGGUUUCCUUCUUGCCAAUUUUAAUGCGCUUUUUAGUGCAUAUUGAUUUCCUAAAUCAACAUGAAGAUCACUUUUUUCUUACCCCAGCUAGUCGCCUUCUUGCGAAAAGUGAGCCCUUCAAUGUUCGGUCGCUCUUGCUACUCAACCAUGAUCCAGCCUUUUCAAAAGCUUGGUUCGAGUUAAGUGCUUGGUUCCAAAAUGAUUCUGCCACUGCUUUUCAUACUGCUCAUGGAAAAUCUUUCUGGGAUUAUGUUAUGGAAGAAGAACCCAGAGUACUAGGUGAUAUUUUCAACGAUGCAUUGGCUAGUGACUCGAGGUUGAAUACCAAUGUGAUCAUUGCGGAGUGUAAUUAUGUGUUUGAGGGGUUAACGUCGCUGGUGGACGUAGGUGGUGGCACUGGUACUAUGUCAAUUGCUAUAGCCAAAGCUUUUCCUAAAAUAGAGUGCACUGUACUUGAUCUCCCUCAUGUUAUAGGAGACUGCAAAGGAAGUGGGAAUUUGGAAUUUGUUGGAGGAGAUAUGUUCGAUGAGAUUCCCCAUGCUAAUGCCAUCUUACUCAAGUGCAUUCUGCACGAUUGGAGGGACGAAGAUUGUGUGAAGAUACUAAAGAAAUGCAAAGAGUCAAUUCCAAGUAGGGAGAAAGGAGGGAAAGUGAUAAUCAUAGAUACAGUGAUGGAGGACGAUUCGAAGCAGAACAAUGAUCAGAUUGUUCGAGCACAACAUAAUAUGAAUAUGCUGAUGAUGGUUCUUUUUGCUGCCAAAGAGAGAACUAAAAAGGAGUGGGAGAAGCUCUUCACUGAAGCUGGUUUUACUGAAUACAAAAUAAUUUCCGCUUUGGGUUUAAGGUCUCUCAUUGAAAUUUAUCCUUAGCUUGAACAAGAAGUCUCAGCAGGGAAAUGCAUUAUGCACAUGUGAAUUUAUAAAAAUGCAUAAUCUUACGGUUACUUUAAUUUGUAAUGGUCUUGGUUUCACCAACGCUCUGUUUGAAUUGUUUGUCUUUUUUAACCCAAAAAAGGAAGAAUUGCGUACGUUUUCGUUGUAUUAUAUUGGAUUACUUUAAAUACAUACUUUG